AUGUCCAUCGACCUCAGCCUUGAUAGAUUGGAGCGCCUCGUGUCGCACCUCCCACCCUACACCAGGCCAACACUGCACAUCGCGGGCACCAAUGGCAAAGGCAGUGUCUCCGCACUCCUCACAUCGAUCCUCCGCGCCUCCGCGCCGCCCCUCCGUGUUGGGAGGUACAACAGCCCGCAUCUCGUGUCGAUCUACGAUUGCAUCACCUUGGACGAUGUGCCCGUUUCUCCUGAGGUGUACGCGUCUGCGCGUGCCGAAAUUGAGGAGGCCGAUGCCAAGCACGGAACGAAGCUGAGCAGCUUUGAGCUGUUGACGCUCGCAGCAUUGAGGGUGUUUGAGAAGGAACGCGUGGAUGUGGUAGUGUUGGAAGUGGGUAUGGGAGGACGGCUCGAUGCGACGAACAUCGUUCCAGACAACGCGAUCGCCGUAUCCGCGUUAGCAGCGGUGGAUCUCGACCACCAGUUCUUUCUUGGCGAGACCGUGGAGCUUAUCGCAAGAGAGAAAGCUGGGAUCGGACGUGCUGGACGGCCAUUCGUUCUAGGCAAACAACGGCAUUCAAGCGUCGAAGGAGAGGUGAAGAACGUGCUUGAUACUUUUAAUGCCGCAUUGGUCCGUGCGCUAGACGUGAAGAAGGUGGAUUGGGACGAGCAACGUGACGGACCAAAGACAUCUCCUUUUUCGCUAUCCUUCGAGGCGGCGACUGCGACGGCAUUUGGAAAACCAGCGCCACAACCUGUCGUUGUCGAUCUUCCGUGUUUCUCCUCCCCAGUGCGAGCCUUACUCCCGCUCUAUGGCGCACAUCAACUUGACAAUCUCGGCACCGCACUCACCGUAAUCAACUCCCUCCUCACGCUCUCUCCGCUGUCAAACGACGCUUCGUUGAACUUCAAGAAGCGAAUUACCGCAGGAACUGUUGCAGAGGGCGUCAAGAAAGUCAGCUGGCCAGGCCGACUGUCCUUCCAUACCCUGCAGGUUUCGAUUCCUUCGCCUCCAGCGUCGACAUCUGCACCAAUCCUUCCUUCUAACUUGAAGCAGAAGAAAUAUCGUCUCGUCGUCCUCGCUGAUGGGGCACAUAAUCCAGCAUCGGCAGAGACUCUCGGCGCAUAUGUCACUCACCUGCUCGAUCUAGCUCUCGCCUCCUCUCCAACGUCGAUCAGGACGGUCAACCUUACCUAUAUCCUCAGCCUCUCACACUCACCGCCGAAGACGCCCCUGCAAACCCUCUCGCCCAUCCUUCCUCCGAAAAUACCAUCAAGUCUCGCUUCUUCAAACAUGGGCGUCAACAUAUCCGUUGCCGUCCUACGAUUCAGCCCACCCGAGGGCAUGCCUUGGGUUAAGUCCGUCCCGCCUGCCGACCUACACACCGUCGUCAGCCACCUCGUGCCUAACGCGAACAUCUGGGUAGCCGACGACGAUGCAUACCCACCUCCUACGGCAUCCAACGGCAAGAACCUUGCACUGGAGGACGCGUUGAAGUGGGCUGCAAAGAACCAGGAUCGUGCACAGAAAGAGGCUGGUGACGGGACAAAAUGUGGCAACCUGGUCGUCCUUGCUGGGAGCUUGUAUCUCGUCGCGGAUUUCUAUCGCCUGCUUGAAGCUGAGAAGAAGCAAGAACAGGUGUAG